AUGGCUUUUGAUUCGUUAAAUUCUCGUUGGUUUCGUUGUAAGGCGGUUGCGGUUGGUAUCGAAGCCUCAUUGAGUCCUGGGGAUACAAUCAUCACAGCCUAUCGUUGCCAUGGGUUUACGAUGACUCGCGGUGUCUCUGUGCAUGCAGUCCUAGCGGAGCUUGCCGGGAAGCGGACUGGUAUUUCAGCUGGUAAAGGUGGCAGUAUGCAUAUGUUUUACAAAGACUUUUUCGGGGGAAAUGGAAUUGUAGGAGCUCAGAUUGAUGGUAUGGACGUGCUCACAGUGCGGGAAGCCACCCGAUUCGCUCGUGAAUGGUGUGUUUCAGGUAAAGGUCCCAUUCUCAUAGAGGCGGAAACUUAUCGUUAUCAUGGACACAGCAUGAGUGAUCCAGGCACAAGUUAUCGUACCCGCGAAGAAGUUCAGUCAGUGCGUCGUGGACGUGAUCCUAUCAGUCUAUUUCAGAAGCGCAUUACGGAGGCUAAUUUGUGCACCGAUGAGGAAGUUAAGGCUAUUGAGAAGAAAGUACGCGAGGAAGUAGACAAAGACGCAGAGCAGAGUCUGAGCGAUCCAGAACCUCCAUUGGAGACGGUCUACGAACACUUGCACCACAAACUGUUGCCGGGAUUCAAAGUGCGCGGCUGUGAUCUUCAAACUUGGGGAACCCCGAAGGUCUAG